UACGUGAGGAGAGACACCAGCGUGAAGCGUCUAAGAGGAAGACUCACAAGAUAGCAAACAUGCAGUGGAGUCUGUUUGUGCUCAUUCUGAUGGGUCAGUGUUCCUUCUGCCUGUGUCGCCUCUACGAGUACCACUUUGUUGAGCAGAACAAGAGCUGGGAGGAAGCCCAGACGCAUUGCAGAGAUGAGUUCACUGACCUGGCCAAAGUGUUUGAUAUGACAGAUAUGAAGAGACUCAGUGACUUAGCAAGGAAUCAAGGUGGAGCCUGGAUUGGACUGCGCAACCAAAGCAAUGUCGACAGGAAGUGGCUCUGGUCUCUGCCAGGGGUGGAGUUCAAUGCUAAUGAGACAGAAUGGGUUGGUGGUGAGCCGAAUGAUGUAAAUCAUCCUGAGAACUGUGUGAUGAUGAAGAAUCACAAAUGGAUCGAUGACCACUGUCAUCGUAGAUAUCCAUUUAUCUGCUACGAUGAAAACAAUCAAAACAAAUACCAUUUGAUUAACGAAUCGAAAACAUGGCUAGAGGCUCAGAGCUACUGCAGAGAACGUCACACUGACCUGAUCAGUGGACCCACACAGUUAAAUGACGAAGAAUUCAAGAAGAUAGAGCUUUACAAAUUUGUUUGGAUCGGCCUGUUCAGAGACACCUGGAGGUGGUCAAAUGGGAGUAGUUUCUCUUUCAGAUCCUGGGAUCCGGAUUAA